CAUUUACUUUUUCAGCUAGGGAGGUUAGAUUUUCUUCCUUAUUUUUUUUAUUUUUAUUCCCCUGCUCUUUUUCUCAUCUCGGUCGGAAUCCACCUUUAUUUUUCCCCUGGAAUUGUGGCUUGCAUCAAACUUUUAGACCAAAUAGCAGCAAACAUUCAGUUACUCUGUAAUCCCAACCUGUCACACAAGGCAAUGCAGUCCACAUUCUAAGAGAGAGCGGAAACUUGCAAGACACUUGGCUUUAACUUGGGACCUGACAUCUCUCUUUCUGUGACACAGUGGAGUUUCUCUAUUUUAUAUGAAUGACAAUGUACAGGAAAGCCCUGCUCACCUGGCUGUUGGUGUAUGGAGUAAUGCGCUGCACUGUCCACUCCUCGCCUACUGCGCUCAAGUACCCGGCACUUAGGCUUGAAGAUGAAGUGUAUGAUGAGGAUGGUAACACUCUUCCAGACUUUGCUUUCGAUAAUGAUCCGAUCGGUAUUGGAAAUCCUUCCUCGGUCCUAGACGAUAUGUACUCCUUUUAUUACCCGCCGGAAAAGAGACAUGCUGAUGAUCUAUUAAACAAAGCCUAUAGGAAUUUACUGGGGCAAUUGUCUGCGAGGAAAUACCUGCAUACUCUGAUGGCCAAUCGCUUAGGUGCAUUGAGUAGCAGCCUGGAAGACGACUCGGAGCCACUGUCAAAACGGCACUCAGAUGGCAUCUUCACUGACAGCUACAGCCGAUACAGAAAACAAAUGGCUGUCAAGAAAUACUUGGCAGCAGUCCUGGGGAAAAGGUAUAAACAAAGAAUUAAAAAUAAAGGACGACGAGUAGCAUACUUGUAGCGAUGAGCAACCAGCCAACCUGUGUAUACAGCCCAACAAAACGAAAAAAAAUAAAAAAAAUCAUCACAAACUGACUGAACAAUCAUCGCUCCUGUGUUAUCU